AUGAAGAUCAAGGAAAGGAGUCCAUCAACGUUGCAAGAAGCUAUUGAGAUGGCUUCGAACUUUGAGUUUGCACACCACUCGGAAAAACCUCCUCGAGUACCUUCGAAACUGCAAUCAUCGGACUCGGGGCAUCGUCCUUCUAAAACUAAACAGCAGAAUCUCAACCGUUCUGAUAAGAUGAAGGGGAAGAGCGAUGAUUGGACCAAGGCAGCUACGUGCAACAAUUGUGGUGUAGUUCGUCACAUUUCUCCGCAAUGUACUCAGCCAAAACGCAAAGAAGCACGCCGCUACAUGAGUGGCACGGUCUACGCUAUUCUUAAGUCUGAGGCUCGAGCAUCCAGGACGAAAUAUCAAGAGAGGUCCGUCUCGAUAUUCAUUGACAACGACAGUAGCCUCAACGGUGUAACUGAAGAGUUGGUGCAAGGUUUGAAUGUCACCGUAGGUGGCAUGAUGCAAAUUGAUCUCGGAUAUGAUCAAGUGGUUCAUCGUUCACGUCAAACCAUAGAGAUGUCUCUACAGUUACCAGGGUGUCCAUUAACUACUGGAACUUUUCAAGUCAUGCCCGUCCCUGAAGGAAAGGAUGUUGUACUAAGCAUGAUGUGGCUGCGAGUACAGAAUUCUAAUAUCGACCGGAACACGGGACGCGUAUCCCCUCGCAUCAAAGUGGAGAGCACAGAAGCUGCACAGCUGAAGUCGUGGAGGAAUUGCCCAGCCAGAUCACAUGGUGUCAAUGGACAACAUGGAAGCACGAAGCUUAUUGCGACCAAGCAAUUCGAGUGGAUGUUGCGCCGUGAUAAGGAUAUUGGGGCAAUGUUUGUCGUGAGCCCACAUGACUCUGAGAAGGCGGAGCGCUUCAAGAGUCAAGUUUGGGAAGCUCUCAAGAAUAUUCUUGCGUCCGAGACGUUACGCAAGUAUGCAUAUACUGUUUGCCGCACGGAACUUUCCAGUGAAACACCACCUGUACGUGAUGGUAUUGAGCAUGAUAUCUUGCCCAAGCCUGGCACGACACCAAUUUCGGUCAAACAGUGGCGCCGAAGUCCUGAUCAACGCAAAACGAUUCUGGAAAGGACCAAAGAGAAGAUUCAGGCUGGCAUUAUUCGACCAAGUACGUCAGCAUUUUGUGCACCGACUUUUUGUGUGAAGAAACCAGUCGGUUGGCGUAUUGUGCACGACUAUCGCCAAUUGAAUUUGGCUACAGUUCUACCGGCUAUUCUUAUGCCUCGCAAAAAAUAUAACUUUGAUGCUAUGGCCGGCAGCUAUUGGUACUCGUGCAUGGACUUACUCUGGGGUUACUAUCAAGUAAAGUUACGAGAAUCGGAUACAUCUUUCACGGCUUUUCGACUCCAGUCGAAGGGUUUCAGGGACUUACGUGACGUGAUGCGAAUCUACUUCAAAAACAAUUACGUGUACACCGAGAGCGAAGUUGUCAACGAACACUUCGCCGCGUUGGACGACUUUAUGAAGAGAUGUGAAGCGUAG